AUGAAGGGAUCUUUGGAUUUUUUUAUUGAUAAAGCUCAAUCGGCUUUUAUUCCGGGGAGAAGGAUUACGGAUAAUAUCCUUAUGAAGCAUGAGCUUGUGUCUGGUUAUCAAUCCACUAUGGGUCCGCCUUGUUGUGCGUUCAAAAUUGAUAUAAGAAAAGCUUAUGAUACGAUGGAUUGCCGGUUCCUUAUUGUUAUGCUUGAAGGUUUGGGGUUUCACCCUGUUAUGGUUAAGUGGAUAAAGGAGAUGAUUUCGACUCCUUCUUAUUCUUUAGCCAUCAAUGGUAAUUCCUAUGGUUUCUUUCUUGGUGGGWGGGGUCUUCGUCAGGGUGAUCCGUUGUCCMCCUAUCUGUUUACGAUUGUUAUGGAGGGAUUUUCUCUGCUCCUUCAAAAGUGUAUUCGGGAGGCUGCUGAAUUUGGUUACCAUCGGGGUUGUGAGGACUUGGAUUUGACUCAUUUAUGUUUUGCGGAUGAUUUGUUUGUCUUAACCAAAGGGGAUGUUCUUUCUGUUGAAGUGCUUAAAAAAGCUCUGGCUCUCUUUCAGCAAUAUUCGGGAUUAGCGCCUAGUCUUGAAAAAGUGACAUUUAUUUUGACUUGUGACUAUGCUCCGCUGAUUGCUAAAGUGAAGGGCCGUAUUCUUAAUUGGAAAUCUAAGUUUCUUUCGUUUGGUGGACGGCGAAAUUCAUUUGGGCUCCAAGGGAAGAUUCUCGUGGUAGAUGUCGGUUAUCAGGGGAUGUGGUUUGUAGACCAUUGGAAUCUGGGGGUCUUGGAAUUAAGACUAUCCACUUGGAAUCGGGCGUUACUAGCAAAACAUGUGUGGGAUAUUCCUAGGCGACGGGAUUCUAUGUGGGUUCGUUGGAUUUAUAGUAAUAACCUCCGUUCUUCGAAUUUCUGGCUGGUUCGUAAGAAUUCUAAUUGGUCUUGGGUUUUUCGUAAACUAUUAGACUUGCAGAGUCAUUUGCGUCGGUUUCUCUUUUCUCAAAUUGGUGAUGGUCGGGACACGAAUGCUUGGGAGGAUGCUUGGUUACCUUGUGGUCCUCUUUCCGCUUUUAUCUCUUACCGGUUUGUCCAUUCAURUGGGUUCUCUACCUUAACGACRGUUCGUGAUCUUAUUAUAAGCUGGAAUGGUAAUUGGCCUGAUGAUUGGUGUCAACGGUUUGAUAUGCUUCAUAAUUCUCCGUUACCUUUAUUGACCUCUGUUCGUGAUAGAGUUCUAUGGGGGGACAAUUAUACUAUGUGUUCGGAUUUUACAAGACGGCUUCCGACUCAAGACCGUUUACAUUGUGGUCAAUGUUUGGAUAGUCAUGAUCAUUUAUUCUUUCAAUGUUCGUAUGCUGGAGUUGUAUGGAAUAGUGUUUUAUUUAUGGUGGAUCUAACGGGUAUGCCUUCAAGGUGGGAGCAGAUUGUUCAAGUUAUUUCGGAUUCUAUUAGUCGUCCGAAAUUGUUAAAGCAGAAGAUUGCUGUGGCUGCUGCUGUUUACUAUAUUUGGCAGGAGCGUAAUCGAAGACUUUUUUCUGCAACUAAGCGUACGGCUCAGGAUCUUAUUGCCGUUAUUAGGGAGGCUAUCUUCAUUCGUGCAGAUUGGAGAUUUUUUAUCUACAAUGUGGGAAAUGGUUUAUCUACGCAUGCCUGGGAAGAUACGUGGAGUGAAUUUGGGCCCCUUAUUCAGUUACUGUCUUAUAGAUUCUUAAAUGRUCAUGGMUUUUGUAAUAACUCAACGGUUUCUGAUGUAAUGCAACGUUUUGGCACUACUUGGCCGGUGGAUUGGAUUCAACAUUACCCUCAGCUGCAAAGUAUUAUCAUACCUUCUCCCAGCCAAAUGGAGGAUACGUGCUCGGAUCUGCUUGGCGUUUUAGCCGACUUGUUCUCGGGCUCGACCAAGGUGUCGUGGUGGGUCAAGGCUUGGACUAGGGUUUUUAGUGGAGCUCUGGUUUCAACCUACUUUGGUGCCAUUUUGUCCAGCGGUUUUGAUCCAGACGCGAUCUGCUGUGUUCUCGUGUUUCUGCAGCAGUUUGUUCUACCUGUCGCUGUUUUUACUGUUUGA